CGCCCGGCUUCUGCCUGCUGCCUUGUGGCCCAAGCUGGCGAGACGAUUUCGGCUGCUCUCGAUCCAUCACCAUGAACGUCGCCCCGAAAGCAGUCGUCGUGACCCUUGAUAUUGGAGUCGCCGAUCCCAUUCCGGUGCCGUGUCCCUCGCCAGCAUUCCGAGUUUCGCGAUGUGACGCUUCGGCAAAGGGAUUCCUCCUCGAUAACACUCGAGGAGUCUACACCGCCGCAAGGUCCGUCAACACCUUUUCCAUCAUGGACUUGCCAGCUCACAUCCAGAGGCUCACUUUGGCUGUCCAGAACACAACAUUCGACUAUGAAGCAUCAGAAUCAAGCCAGAACUCUCCCGACUCGACGCUCGUUCUGGGGCAACGCACAUCGAUAGUGCAUGAAGCGGCCUCCGAGAGCCAGCAACGGAUCUGCCAUGCCCUUGCCGAGCCUGCCCUUUCCAAACCGAGAGUCCGGACUAUUCCGGUGCUCGAGCUGCUUCGAGAUCCCGCCCGGAGUGCCGAGAUCAUUUUGCCAGUCUGGAAGGAGUCGAUGCUGCAAUACUACCGCAUGCUCACAGAGCACGGUCAAACUGCCCUUGGAGACUGCAAGGUCACCAUCCUCAUCACCUGCGACCAGCAUGGUACGGUUCGGAUUACUGCUCACUGUGACAGACUCGUUCAGCCUCAGACCCGCGACUGUCAAGUCUGUGUCCUUGGGCUGCCUCGGCGUUCGCCAUCGGUCAAGGACUCGAAAUGGGUCAUCGACCGAGGCCAUCUGGAGAAAGCCAUCCAGUCGGGAAAUACCGAGGCCUUACUGGUCGAUCCGCACGGCCAGAUCUACGAGGGCCUGAUAUCCAACUUUUGCGUCAUCAAGCGCGACCCAUCGGGCCAAGCCGUACUGCAGACGGCACCGCUCUCCCAUGUGCUUUCGGGGACCGUCCUGGGCAUGGUCAUCCAUGUGUGUUCGAUGCUGGGAGUUCCAGUUCUCUUUGAGUUUCCCAAGCUAAGCGAGCGAGCGUCGUGGCUAGCGGCAUUCCUUACGAGCACAACCCGUGGAGCCUUCAAGAUAUCCAGGAUUGCUGACCCAGCGAGCAACCAAGUGUUUGAUCUGCCCAGCGAAUGCAGUAUCCUGCAUCGGAUCCAGCAGGAACUGGAGCUCGAAGCCGUUCGGCGGGCACACCUGGUGCUCCAAGCUGCCGAGUUAGCAGCUGAGCAGUAGUCCGACGACGAAUACACUUUUAAUGGUCAUCGCUCUUUCACAA